AUGCCGACCCACCUGCGCCAGCGCCGGCUCGCCUUCUCGGCCACGGUGUUCAUGGACUUGGCCGACAUCCCGGACCAGUCCAAGCGGGGCCGAGGCACCGCGCGCAUGACCUUCAGCAGCGUCCGAAGCUGGACGUCCAGCGGCGCUCGACGAAGGCCCGACCGAGGGCCCAGGCGGCCGCCGCAGCCCGAUGGGGAGUCGCACCGCAGCGGUGGGACCCUGGGCGCCCUCGAGGCCGCGAGGCUGCGCAGGCCCGCCAGCCUGUGA